UACUCAAACUUAUAAAUCUUAAUAUUUAUUUCGCAUAAAUUAAUUUAUUAUUUUUACAAUAGACUGUUCCAGAAACUUACCACCAAUUGUAUCAUCAAUCUAACAUCUAGUUUGAGAAAUUUAAGGUUUUGAAAUGGCUGAGACAUUUGAAGAUUUAAAUACACUGAACAAAUUUAGUGAGACCUAUCCACGAGUAUCAUGGUCUCCUAUGAUCCAUAACAAAUUCCAAAAAGUGUUCAAUAUUUAUUUGCACGUAGAUGUAAAUUCCAUUGAAGGUUGUGGAACUUCAGUUACUGCUGCUAAAGCAGAUGCAAUAAGGAAGCACACAACCAUCAUUUCUUCUAAAAAAAUUAGCAAUAUUCAUAAUCAAAUGGGUGAUCUAGAAAAUAUGAUGAAAAAUUAUGCACCAUCAAAUUAUUUAGGAAAUACAUCUCAUUUUGCUGAGGAUACUCAGAGAUCAGAUUGUUCCGAAAACGCAGAAUCAACAUUGCCAUCGACCAAAACUUUAAAUCAUACUGAUCAACGAUUUAAAGAUGAUAGAUUUCGUAUAUUUCGUGGUUUUGAAAAAGCAUAUCAGUUUUUAUGCCACUGGUCUCACGUUGAGUUAGAAUCAUCCGAUAAUGCCAGUUUAAAGACUGCAUUAAAUAUAGGUGAUUAUCGAUUUGAAGGUUGUGGUCGUAAUCUAUACGAGGCUAAGAUAGACGCAAUUAUGAUGUUCUAUUCGAGCUCUGUCGAUAACUUUUUUGCAAUAAAUAAUCAAAAUAAUGAAGCAGAAACUAUAGUGGGAAAUACACCAUCGAAUGACCAAGGAAAUCCAUCUCAUUGUUCAAAUACUGAACCAUCAGACUGCUCUGACAACCUGGCACCAAUGAAAAUAAGCGAAGAACCAGAUAUUUCUCCAUGUCUUCAAAAUCGCCCCAAUAAGAAUAAUACAAUACCAUACAGUUUUAUAGAAACUUACAAUCUACGAAAUAGUAUAUGGUCUCCUUUUUGUCAAGUAGCUAAACAACCUACAUUUAAAAAAUAUUUUAAGGUUGUUUUAAGGAUGGGUAAUAAGAUAUUUCAUGGUCAAGGUGUUAAAAAAUGUAAUGCUCAAUUAAAUGCAAUAAAGAAGUUCAAGAAUAGUAUUUUACAUAAACAAAAAAAGUUUAAAAAAACAACAUUUAUCGAUAAUAUAAAUAUGAUUGGAAAGAGACCCCUACAAUCUCCGGACAUAAAAUCACUAACAUUCGAUAAUAAAUUCAAUGUCAAAUACUAUUCUUAGUGGUAACAAUGGUAUCUACUCAAAUUCUUAUUAACUUUUAUUCAUAUCACAUAUUUAAACAGUUUACAUAUUUUGCUGAAUAGUAUGACGGUAAAUUUUCGUACAUCUCUAGUAUAAUUAUGUAAA